AAAACAAAACAAAAAAGUCAACCAAGUUCCCAAGUUCUCACGUGGAAUAUGUUCAAGUUAUUUGGCCUAACGCUGUUGUUGACGGCGGCGGUGCUGGCACGCCCCGAGCCGCCAGUGAACUCAUAUCUGCCGCCCUCGCCCGGUGAUAGCUACGGUGCGCCGGGUCAGGGACAGGGACAGGGACAGGGUGGCUUUGGCGGCAAACCCUCGGAUAGCUAUGGUGCUCCUGGUGCUGGCAACGGCAACGGCAACGGACGUCCCUCGAGCAGCUACGGUGCUCCUGGUCAGGGACAGGGACAGGGUGGCUUUGGCGGCAAACCCUCGGACACUUAUGGCGCUCCUGGUGCUGGCAAUGGCAACGGCAACGGUCGUCCCUCGAGCAGCUACGGUGCACCCGGACAGGGGCAAGGACAAGGCGGUUUCGGCGGGCGUCCUUCGAGCAGCUAUGGCGCCCCUGGUCAGGGACAAGGCGGAUUCGGCGGCAAGCCCUCGGAUACCUAUGGUGCUCCUGGUGCUGGCAACGGCAAUGGACGUCCCUCAAGCAGCUAUGGCGCGCCUGGUCAGGGACAAGGUGGAAUUGGUGGUAAACCCUCAGAUUCUUAUGGUGCUCCUGGUGCUGGCAACGGCAACGGCAACGGACGUCCUUCGAGCAGCUAUGGUGCUCCUGGUCAGGGUCAAGGACAGGGUGGUUUUGGUGGCAAACCCUCAGAUAGCUAUGGUGCUCCGGGUGCUGGCAACGGCAAUGGACGUCCCUCAAGCAGCUAUGGUGCACCUGGCCAGGGACAAGGCGGAUUUGGUGGCAAACCUUCGGACACAUACGGCGCUCCAGGUGCUGGCAACGGCAACGGUAACGGACGUCCCUCGAGCAGCUAUGGUGCACCUGGCCAAGGACAAGGUGGUUUUGGUGGCAAACCCUCGGAUACAUAUGGUGCUCCCGGUGCUGGUAAUGGCAAUGGUCGUCCAUCGAGCAGCUACGGCGCGCCCGGUCAGGGUCAAGGACAGGGUGGUUUUGGUGGCAAACCCUCCGACUCAUAUGGUCCUCCCGCAUCAGGUGCUGGCGCCGGCGGCGCUGGUGGCCCCGGUGCUGGUGCUGGUGCUGGUGCUGGUGGUGACUAUGACAACGAUGAGCCAGCUAAAUACGAAUUUAAUUACCAAGUUGAGGACGCUCCAAGUGGGCUCUCAUUUGGGCAUUCAGAGAUGCGCGACGGUGACUUUACCACCGGCCAGUACAAUGUUCUGUUGCCCGAUGGAAGGAAGCAAAUUGUCGAAUACGAGGCGGAUCAGCAGGGCUUCCGUCCACAGGUACGCUACGAGGGCGAUGCCAAUGGCAAUGGUGGUCCUGGUGGUGCUGGCGGUCCUGGUGGAGCUGGCGGUCCUGGCGGUCAGGAUUUGGGUCAGAAUGGUUACUCCAGCGGUCGUCCAGGUGGUCAGGAUCUGGGCCAGGGUGGUUACUCGAACGGACGUCCAGGCGGUCAGGAUUUGGGUCAGAAUGGUUACUCUGGUGGUCGUCCCGGCGGUCAAGACUUGGGACAAAAUGGCUACUCCGGCGGUCGUCCAGGUGGUCAGGAUCUGGGUCAAAAUGGUUACUCCGGCGGUCGUCCCGGUGGUCAGGAUCUGGGUCAGAAUGGUUACUCCGGCGGUCGUCCCGGUGGUCAAGAUUUAGGUCAAAAUGGCUACUCCGGCGGUCGUCCAGGCGGCAAUGGUGGCUCCGACGGUGGCCGUGUAAUCAUCGGAGGACGCGUGAUUGGCCAGGACGGUGGUGAUGGCCAGGGUUACUCGAGUGGCCGUCCCAACGGUCAAGAUGGCGGCUUUGGACAAGACAACACGGACGGUCGGGGAUACUCCAGCGGCAAGCCAGGCCAGGGACGCAACGGCAAUGGCAACUUCGGACCCGGUGGCCAGAAUGGCGACAACGAUGGCAGCGGCUACAGAUACUAGAUACUAGGACCAACGACCACCGAAUAUGAGACACACUAGCUAGCAUUUCAGACGAGUUAUGGAAAGACGUAGAACAAUAUCUAGAACUUAAGAGACACCUUAGAACUAUGAACUAGUUACCGUUACCCGCUUAACGGAUUCACCAGAUCUAUCGCCCCACACUGUACUCUAUACACAUCUCACGCUAUCUCAUACUAUCUCUUCCAACACAAUAUUUCCUCAUCCAAACUUUGACUUCACUUAGGCUAAGCUCAACUUGUUGUAGUUGCAUAUGAGAAAAAAAAACAUUCUGCUCACAAGCGGCAAAGAACCCAAAAAAAAAAAUAAUGGAAUGAAGGAGAAGAUAUACAAAUCAAGAUUUGUUAAAUAUAAGAAUUGAUUGCCAAUAAGUA